ACACCGUUGUAGAUCUACGAUGGGGGUACACGGACUGUGGAAGCUACUGGAGAGCACAGGGAAGCCCAUCAACCCGGAGACACUAGAGGGGAAAAUCCUGGCUGUCGAUAUUAGUAUAUGGUUGAAUCAGGCAGUGAAGGGGGUGAGGGAUCGGGAAGGAAACAGUGUUCAGAAUGCCCACCUGCUCACUCUCUUCCAUCGCAUCUGUAAGCUGCUCUUCUUCCGCAUUAGGCCAGUCUUUGUUUUUGAUGGGGAUGCACCACUGCUUAAAAAGCAGACUCUGGCCACGAGAAGACAGAGAAAGGAGGAGUUAAAUCGUGAAUCCAAAAAUACCAAUGAGAAACUGCUCAAGACAUUUCUGAAGAGACAAGCCAUAAAAGCUGCACUUGGAGACCAGAGUAAGGAUCCGUUACCCAGCAUCGCCAGUUCGGGAAAAGAUGUAGUGGAUGAUAUUUAUGUCCUUCCAGCCCUGCCACCUGCUGAGGAAGAUGACAGAAACAGCUCAGAGGAGGAGGAAGAGAAAGAGUUGGAGGAGAUGGCAGACAGGUAUUUCACAUACCAGGAAGAGUUGUAUGAAGAUCCCAAUGCUGUGGACAUUAAUUCCGAGGAGUUUGCAAGCUUGCCUCCAGAAAUGAAGCAUGAGAUCCUCAAGGACAUGAAAGAGUUGGCCAAAAGACGACGAACCAUGUAUCACAAGCCUCCAGAGCAUUCUGGAGACUUCUCCCAGUAUCAGCUGGCUGGCCUGCUGCACAGGAACCGGCUAAACCAGCGGCUGGAGAAUGUGGAACGAGAGAUGAGCCAACGGAGUGCAGGGGAUGCUCCACAGCAGUACGGACAGACUGAGGAUCAGGGGAGUCACAGUGUAGAGUCUAAGAGACUAGUUUCAGAGGACUCUGCCCACUAUAUCCUCAUUAAAGGUUCCUCUAGGCCAAAUGAUAAGGCUCCAGACAACCAACCUGCCUCCCUGCCUUGGUCCGGUGGCCCACUGUCCGGGCACAGGAGGCAAGGAGCAGAUAAACCCAAGCCCUUGUGGCAACCUAUCUGUGAGGAGGAUGUACUGGUGGGGCCCUCUUCAUUUCCCAAACCCUCUGUAUUGAAACUUUCUCCUCCUCACAAGGAAGAUACGUCCCCCCCAUCACCUCGUACGCUCAAGGCCAUCCAGAAUGCCAUGGCUGAAAGCUCUGAUGAAGAGGAGGAGAUGCUGAAGAAGAGGGAUGGAAGCGUGUCCCCUCGUACCCACUUGGCGAUCCAACAAGCUCUGGCCGAGGAAGAGGAUAGCAUAACUGAAAGUACAACCCCAAUUGUUAGACCACCCACAAAGUCACAUAUUCCGAGUCCUGCACCAUGUUUAGUCAUCAGUACAUCAGAGGAGGAGAAAGAAGCUGAUGACCCGCCGUUUGUUAACUCUCCAGCCAAGCAGAGCAGUUCAGGAGUCAGGAGGACAAUAUCAGAACAAAGUGUCUGUGUGAAAGAUGGUUUGAUGGCCAGCAGUUCUGAAGAUGAGUUUGAGGACUUGAUAGUACAGAAGAACAGAUCGUUCCACUCUGCCAUUCUCGAGCACGUUCCUGGACAGUCUGACAGAGAAGCAAAAACAGAAAGCGAGAGAGAGGCACAGAUGAAGUUUGAUGAGCAUGCAAAGCAAAGGGGGUCGACAGGGACAGAUUUAGCUGUGGGGAUUGGGAUAAAGAGAGAGGGGGCAAAGCAGGAGACAGAAUUGAGACAUGGGUGGAAUGAGGAGGGCCUCAAAUGCGAUCAAGAUGACCAUUUGGUUCGAGUUGCCUCAGAACAAAGGCCCUUGUCCAUUAACUCCCCUCUACCAGCACCAAGUGCUUUUCUGAAUGCAGAGCUUAAGACUCAACCUCAUCCAACACUGUCGGAACAGAGGAUUGAAGAGAGCCUUGAAAUAAUGGAUAAGAAUGGAGAGGCUUUCCAAAUGGCGCCCACUGCAGAGAGUGACUCAGACGAAAGCUUCAUCGAGGUGUCAGAAGAAGAGGAGCUACAAGGCGAACUGGAAAGCAGUUCACUUAGAAAAGUUAACAGCGAAGAGUUUCCGCCUGAUGUCAGCGACGAUACGAACGAGGAAGAAGACAAAAUAGAGACUCUGACUGAGUCUCUCGGAGAGGAAGAGGAGGAAAAAAGGGAAAAGACUGAAGAGAAGGAACUGAAUGAGGCCACAGAGAUAGAGUCCAGUGCAACACCUGCCAACGCCCGUGAAUGGGAACAUUUUGAUGUCGAUGAGCUGGAGACGCUGGAAAGCUCUCUGGAGGUCCAGCAGGAACGCCUGAGGGAGCAGAAGCAGCAACAGGAGAGGAUGGCUGCCACUGUCACCGGGCAGAUGUGUCUGGAGAGUCAGGAGCUGCUGCGUCUGUUUGGCGUGCCCUUCCUCGUGGCUCCAACAGAAGCUGAGGCUCAGUGUGCGGCGCUCGACCGCGUAGACCAGACCCACGGCACCAUCACAGAUGACUCUGACAUCUGGCUUUUCGGGGGGCGACACGUGUAUAAGAACUUCUUCAGCCAAAAUAAAUAUGUCGAACAUUACCAGUUCAUUGACCUGCAGAACCAGCUGGGUCUGGACAGAACCAAGUUAAUAAACUUGGCCUACCUGUUGGGUAGCGACUACACAGAGGGGGUCCCAGGGGUGGGCUAUGUCACUGGCAUGGAGAUCCUCAAUGAGUUCCCUGGAGCGGGUUUAGAACCUCUCACUCAGUUCAGUGAAUGGUGGUCGGAAGCCCAACACAACAAGCGCUUGGCGUCUGACCCCCGGGACUCCAAGGUUAAGAAGAAACUGAGAGGCUUACAACUGCAGGCUGGUUUCCCCAAUCCUGCUGUAGCCCAGGCCUACAUGCAUCCUGCUGUUGACCAGUCAUCAGACGGCUCCUUUAGCUGGGGGCGCCCACACCUUGACCUCAUCAAAGAAUUCUGUCAGAGCCGUUUUGGAUGGAGCAGCAAGAGGACAGAGGAGACUCUUCUGCCUGUCCUCAAACAGCUCAACACCCAACAGACUCAGCUGCGGAUUGAUUCGUUCUUCCGUAUGGAGCAGCAGGAGAAGCAGGCCAUCCGUAGCCAGCGUCUCCGCCGUGCAGUCACCUGUCUGAAGAGGAAGGAGAGAGAAGGAGGAGGGAAUGAGGAAGAGGAGGAGGAAAGGGAGGAGGCAGAGACACCCUCCCCAUCCAAAUAUAAAAAGAGGAGAGCAUCGGGACAGAAUCAGAAAAAAGACGGGGUCGAGGAGGCAGGCGCAAGGAUCCCAGUUGGCGGAGGAUUCCUCGGGUCAGAGGUCAUCAUUCCAUCUCAGGCUGGUUCCCCGAAGGAGGUCAUCAGUGUCAGCCAACUGGACACCGAGGAUGUCCCGCAACCAGCGGCUCCCCUGCAGAAGGCAAGGCUCGGCAGCAGCAGCAGCAGCUGCUCAGGCGAGGACAGCGAAGGGAGCGGUGAGGUUGCCAUGGUGACCGCUCAGUCCGUGUUCGAGAGCAAGCGGCGAGCACGCGGUGGCGGGAGGCGCGCGGGAGGGAGUGGGAGGGGACGUGCGAGGGGAAGGGGGAGGAAACUAUGA